AUGGCCAAAAGCUGGAACAUCUUCGGAACGUCUGAAUUCAUUUUUUCUGAAAAUGAGAGUGCAAAACACGCGGAAUUCCAACUCGAUUCGAUGAAGCCUUUAGUACUUAUUUGUAAAAUGGAAAACACACAAUUGGCAGAGCUUGUGAAAGAUGGAAAGUUGGACAUCCGGUUGAAUGUUCAGAUUUCUUCCUGGACAGAUAAAAUUUGUAUUUUCAACGGUGAUGCAAUCUACGUAAACUCAGAAGCUUCACUUCUCGAAUCCGUCAAAAACAUCCCGAAAGCGUGUGAAAUUGUUCUACAAAAUUACUCUGUGCUUUAUAAGUCCGAUUUGGUAAAGAUUGUGGAGAACAUUUUCAAGAUCGAGAGAGCUUCAAGAAGAUUCGGACCGAAUACUCAUCCGUAUUUUCGUGCCACGCUUUCUCCGGCUUCACAGCAACAGCCAAAUGAAAACGAAUUUCUUAAUUUGGACGCACUCACUGGAAGUAUGGCCAACAUCAAAGUUCAGUCACAGGGGCUGGUUCAGGAAAUUGCCCAGAGGAAUCCAUUUGCACCCCCGGUGAAUUUUUUCGCUCAAUUUGCUCCAAAUCAAGUUAAUGUGAAUCAGCAAUUUCUGCAGCCAGUGUUCCAAAAUCAAGCUGUGCUUCAACCAAUCCUUCCACUUCCAUCACUUAAUCUUCAGCAGUAUCUCGCUCGAGGUCUAGGAGGUGUUCCUGGACUAUUUGCUGUCCCUCCACAGGCGGACCAACAGCAAAUAUCGAUUGUCAAUCAAUUGCUCUACAACAAUCUACUGAACAAUCAAAAUCCUGAUACACCAGUAUUCAAUGAUACUCCAAAUCAAAAUCAAUAG